AUGAUUUUGAAAAGAGAUUUAAUUUUAACACGGAUUUACCUCCUCCGGAGCCUUAUAAAGAUUUUCUGAAGACGUAUCCUAGUAAGAAUAAAACUAAGGAAAAAGGUAAGAGUAAUAGCACAGAUUUUGCAUUGCGGAGUAAGCGUAUGCGUGAUUUGGUUGGUUGCUUGAGCUGCAAAUGGUCCAGGCAGUAAAUGUGACUUUUGCAUAUGUCACUUGAAAUUUGUUUUGAAAAGAAGUGGUAAGAUAAAACAUAAAGAUGUCUUUUAUUCUUAAGACAUAUUUUAGAUUUUGUGUAUCAAGUAUCUUGUUUAUACUGUUUACGUUUCAGUUCAUAUAUUCGAGUGAUUUCAUCACAUAAUAUUUCAUACUCCUGUGGCGUAGAACUGAGACGACAACAAGGGGCUUUCAAGGAGGGGGGCGGAGUGACAAGGCAGGGAGGGUGGAACAUGGUAAAUAUGGGAAGUGCCAAUACUUAUUUUUGGUUCUAGCAAUUCUUCGAUUAGUGUUUUCUGAAGAAGGGACUUAACUUGAGGUAAAAGGAUUCCGAUAUACCGAAGCUUAUUUCAUAUUGGAGUCACAUAAAUGAUCUAAUGGUAGGAUCAUAGAGAUUACUAAAUUUGUUUCAAAAAUUUUCGGGGCUUAGUCAGCCGUAUCUCCGUCAUAUUAAACUUACGAUAAUAUUCAUUAACAAAUCUGACUCGGCAAGUAUUCACUUAUUACAAUAGUCUCCGAUUGAUAUUUGAAAAAAUGUAGGAAUUAUAUCACGCCAAGGUUUGUAUUUCAAAUUCUGGUUACGCCAAUGCAGAAAUAUUUGGGGAUCGACAUUUGCAGAAUUUUUCAGACAUGUUUUUAUGUUUGACAGCUAAUUCUGAAAAUUACACCGAUUGAAUAUCUAAAUUAUACCUAAUUAAUCUACUAUAUCGAUACCUAAGUUACAGCGGAAAGUUAGAUAAAAAAUUCAUAUAGCCUGCAGUAGGAAAUUUGUAUCUAAGACUACUCUAGCUUGGUCACAGAAGUGACGAGGGGUCAACUCUAAAACAAAACACAGUUAUCAGAGUGAGUCGAUUGUUCGUUUUAUGUAUUAGCCUUGUGUUUGUUGGCAAGUACAAGGAAGAGGGCCCCCUAUACUCUUUGCGUGAAACAUGAUGGGCUUAUUUUACCUAGCCGUGAAACGUGAUCGAUGAUUUUCUUAACCAGUGAACGUGAAGGAAUUUUUUCAAUUUUUCGUGACUCGUGAAAAGGCAAAAUAUUUUUACGUGAAAGCAUAUUGUGAAGAGGUAUAGGGGACCUUCAAGGAAUUUCGUAUCAUAUUCUCACUCUAGCACACCAUAUGCAUUAAUACAUUUGAGGUUGGCCCCUCGUCAGAUUAACUGCAUAAUGCCUUCGUGAAACCCAACAAUAACUACUAUGACUACAUCAGGAUGUAUCUUGUAUGCAUUAUCAGUCCAAAGGCAUGUACAUUGCUUCACACGACAACACUGUAAGACAGUCACAAGUGACAAUUUAGUUAUUUGUCCCCAUUUAUUGCAAUCUUUUGCGGAAAAUAGCCCUAAACCCAAGUCCCCAGAAAGAAAGAAAAAAUUUUCCACCUCUGCCUCAAUGAAUUCGUUUCAUACGGACGUUCCUACAUGUAUAUGCUAAUGUCUUUAUGCAUUAUUAGGUGCAGUCCAGAGAGCACCACCUCCUCCCCCGGGGCCAAGAGUCGGACCACCUCCACCACCUCCUGCACCAUCAAGAGGGGCACCGCCACCGCCGCCACCACCACCCCGGAG